UUUAAUUAUUUGCUAAAAAUUGGUUCUAUUUCUAAGAGUCUAAAUUCUCUAUAUAUGUUCUAAAUCCAUUUUCUCUCUAAGUUUCGUUGUAUGCAUUCAACUAUCCACACAAGGCUUCUUCUUUUGACCGUCUAUUCUCUAAACUUUUCUUACUAAAAAUAAGGUAGACAGAACAAGCUCUAAGCAAGAGGCAAAAUUUCAGACAUAGAAAUUGAACUUACUAGAUUACCCCUUUGACUAAAACCAAAAAACACAAGUUUUGAGAGAAUUUUCCACUUUUCAACGAAGAAGAAGCUGGCAAAAAUCACAGUAGAAUAUUCAAAAAACUCCAAAAAUCAGAUUCUCGCCGUAAAAUCGGAACUAUCUCGCCGUGCGUUUUGGAAGCUUACCCCGUUGACCUUCUCGAACUUUCUUACCGAUCAAAAAAAAAAAAACUGUAUACAUACUUCUUAUUGUUAUACGAUUUUUAGGGUUUUUGGUGUUCGAUUUUUUCUUUCGAUUGUCAGAAAUUCUUUACAGAAAUGAAGAAGAAGCUCGAUACUCGUUUUCCUGCUGCUAAAAUUAAGAAGAUCAUGCAAUCUGAUGAAGAUGUUGGAAAGAUGGCCUUGCCUGUUCCUCUUCUAGUGUCUAAAGCUUUAGAACGGUUUCUACAAGAUCUUUGUGACCGUACAUAUGAAAUAACAUUGACACGAGGAGCAAAAACUAUAAGCUCGUUACACCUAAAACAGUGUGUACAUAGUUUCAACGUGUUUGACUUUUUGAAAGAAAUCGUCUGUAAAGUUCCUGACUUGGGUGACUCUGCUGCUGGUGGAGAUGAUCAACAGGUCGCAAGAAGAAGAAAACUUGCUGAUUAUGAUGAUAGUGAUGGUGGUGAAGAGUCCAAAAGAAGCAAACUGGAUGCCACAGGACAUACUAAUAGUGGUGGAAGAGGACGAGGAAGAGGUAGAGGCCGUGGACGGGGCAGUCGAGGAACUGCAGGUGAUAAGUUUGAAGAUGAUCCCGACAUGCAUGACAUGCAGGCAAUGAUGCUCAUCGAGGGGGAUGAAUCACGGGAAUCUACAGAUUGUGCAUUACAUGUUGAGAAUCCCGAGGCAUCAGCCAUAAAUAUCGACCUGAAUAUGAACUUGGAGGCAGAUGGUAAAACUUCCUCAACUUUAGUUUUGGGACUUGAUAAAACUGCACCAGAGUCUUCUAUUACAGAAACAACACAUGAUGAAUUCUCUACAUGGCCCUUAAGUGAGAUGGGAACUAUUGCAAUUGAUAAUAUUCAAUUAGGAAGCUUCAAUCAGAAUAUUGAAGAAGAUGAGAACUACGAUGAAGAUUAAGUAAAGAAGCAUCAGUUGAUUCUUAAAAUCUUUCAGUCUUAACUAGAUAAAUGUAAAAAGCUGACCAGAUAAGUAGAUAUGUUCCUCUAACAAGAGACCGUAAUUAGGGUAGGGAAGUUGAGAAAUACUUGACUAAAUUGUUUCUGUAUACAUCUUAGGAUGACAGGAGAACUUUGUAGUAUUUAUAAUAUGCUGCUGGUUAAAGUAAUCAUUGUUAUUUUCGA